UGGUCAUCUAAAUCCAAAGUCUCCUUGCACCAUAAAUCGCCAAUGUACAAAGCAAUUCCCUAGGAAGUUUUCAGAAUCUACUACAAUUGAUAAGAAUGGUUAUGCAUUGUACAAACGCCCGAAUAAUGGAAGGUUAGUAACAAAGAAUGACAUAGGGCUUCACAAUGGUUAUGUGGUACCGCAUAACAAGUACCUUCUAAUGAAAUAUGGGGCACACAUCAAUGUGGAAUGGUGUAAUCAGGCUAAGUCAAUCAAGUACUUAUUUAAGUACAUCAACAAGGGCCAUGAUCGUAUUACUGUUGCCUUUUCAAAAGCAGCAGAUAAUACUGGAAAAAAGGAAGUUGAUGAAAUAAAUAUGUAUUAUGAUUGUCGAUAUGUUUCAUCAUGUGAGGCUGCUUGGAGAAUUUUUGGAUUCAAUAUACAUUAUAAAGAUGUUCCUGUUGAGAGACUUAGCUUCCAUUUACCAGGUGAACACAAUGUGUAUUACUCUGAUGCUGACUCUGCUGAUGCGGUGAUAAAUCGCUCUACAAUAAAAGAGAGUAAAUUCACAAAAUGGAUGGAGGCUAAUAAAAAAUAUCCAGAAGCUAGACUAUUAACUUAUCCAGAGUUUCCUAGCAAGUUUGUGUGGAAGGACAAAAGUAGAGAAUGGGUGCAAG